AUGGCAUCUCCGGUGAAGUAUUCGAAAUUUGAUACCGAUCCAGAAGAUGAGGAAGAAUCGGAUUCCAGAUCACCGGCGAUGAAAGAGGCCGCAGAAAUGGUUGUGGAAAGUAGCACAGAUUCCGGCAGCGAAAUUAUUUUACGUGGCUCGGAUGAAGAAAGUGUGGAUUUACUGGAACUUGGUGAGGAAGAAUUGGCCGCUUUAUCUCCAGAAACACGUGCCAGAAACACGUGCCAGUCUAAUUUAAAUUUUAGGCUUGAAGAUGAGCAACAGAAAAGAUUGAUAGCCAAAUUGCCGGUGUACUACCCGGGUAUCAGUGGAUGUCGAAAUGUUGCCGAAUAUGAAUGCCUAAAUCGCAUCGAAGAAGGCACAUUUGGUGUUGUUUAUCGUGCUAAAGAGAAAAAAACAGACGAAAUUGUUGCGUUGAAGCUUUUGAAAAUGGAGAAAGAAAAAGAAGGCUUUCCAAUAACGUCACUUCGUGAAAUAAACAUGCUUUUGAAAGCGGGUGACCAUCCGAAUAUUGUAAACGUUCGGGUAAGCGCCUUGAGAACUGUAUUUGUCUAAUA